AUUUUGUUCAAUCCAGAAAUUGUAUUCAGCGUCGCAUUCAGCGAUAUAAGGCCAAACGGCAUACAGCCACAAAGCCCAGCCAAACAUGGAUCCAGACAUACCGACGCCCUCAAUAGAAGGCCACGAUGCCCUCCCCAACAACAACUCUACCCUCGCGUCCCCCUCCAUACAAGUGAAGUCAGUCGACCCUUCACACUUGGAUACUGCCACCACAGUCCCGUUACCGCCCUCGUCACCUAUGCGUAGCCCUUAUCGCUCUCCUAGCGCAACCAAAACCAAGUCGUCCUCUCCGCAUUCACCCUCUCGUUCACCCUCUUCCACAAGUUCGUAUCGCGGCGAACGACAAUCCACUCCAACUCUCUCGUCAAGAAGAUCAGUCUCCAAUCUCAGCACAGCAAGAGGCACAACACCCCAAUUCCGACGUGCUUCCUCCAACCUCAAUCCAGCCUCUCCUGCGACAAAUGGCAAGAUGCCCUUGACAUCCCUGCCGGCAGAGCGCCCACCAGUGACGGCCGCCUCAGUCGCAAAAGAAUACUUUGGGAAGGAGUUGGAAGCACAUGCGUCUCUUCAGUCUCCGCUUGUGGUGAUUGUCCAUGAUUCAUGCUACGGUCAUCGCUUCUCUCGACCACGUGCGACGAAGAACGCUUUGGCUACGAUCGUCGAACGACCAGAACGGAUACAUGCCACCCUAUUGGGCGCAUCCACGGCUUACGUGCGCUUAGGAGGACGACAUGCUGAAGGUCAGAUUGCCCCUGGUCCCAACCAUGAUCCUGCACAAGUGCGCAACGUGCCGUUUCGACUUCGCAAGACUUCUCGAAAUGUCCCGCUCAACCACCCCUCCGUUGCAUUUGUGCAUGGCUCAAAGUGGAUGGAAGAGUUGCAAAUCAUGUGUGAUACAGCAGAGGGGAAAUUGUCGCUCAAUGGGAAAGAGUUGGUGCGCCCGAUAGGCUACGGGAAGGAUGAAGCAGGAAAUCCCCUGCCGAAACUGCAUGAAGGUGAUCUCUACUUGUGCUCCGAGUCAUUGGCCGCUCUCCAAGGCUGUCUUGGUGGGGUGUGCGAUGCGGUCGACACCGUCUUUUCGUCAGACCUUACCAAGCGAGCUUUUGUUUGUAUUCGACCUCCUGGACAUCAUUGUUCUUCCAAUUUCCCAUCCGGAUUCUGCUGGCUCAACAAUGUCCAUGUCGGGAUUGCGUACGCAGCGAUGAAUCAUGGUCUUACACAUGCCGCCAUCAUUGACUUCGAUUUGCACCACGGUGAUGGCUCUCAGAAUAUCGCAUGGGACCAUAAUCGCAAAGCCCAGGGAGCUGCUAAGAAUGCGGCUGCGCAUAAAAAGACGCCCAUUGGUUAUUACAGUUUGCAUGACAUCAAUUCAUAUCCUUGCGAAUGGGGUGAUGAAGAGAAGGUUCGAAAUGCAAGUUUGUGUAUCGAAAAUGCUCAUGGUCAAUCCAUUUGGAACGUCCAUCUUGAGCCGUGGAGAACAUAUGAAGAAUUUUGGCAACUAUAUGAGGCAAGAUAUACAGUCCUACUGGAGAAGGCGAGAAAGUUCCUUCGACAUCACACAACGAGACUUCGCGCUUCGGGAAACCAAGCCCCCAAAGCGGCCAUUUUCAUCUCUGCAGGAUUUGAUGCCAGUGAGUGGGAAGGGGCAGGGAUGCAGAGACAUAGCGUCAAUGUCCCCACGGAGUUCUAUGCGCGCUUCACAGCCGAUAUUGUCAAGUUGGCUCACGAGGAUGACCUUGGUGUCGAUGGUCGUGUCAUUAGUGUGCUCGAAGGUGGAUACAGUGAUCGUGCGCUGACUUCGGGAGUGCUCAGCCAUAUUUGCGGCUUUGCUGGAGACGCUGCUUCUGUCAAGACUGAAAGCCCGUCCACUCCUGAGGCAAUGAAGUUUCAAACCAUCAACGAGUGGAUGCCAAAAGAUGUGCCUAUUUCGAUCAAUGGCCAAAAAGGCUCGUACGCGCCCGACUGGUGGGCGCUACAAAACCUGGAAGAGCUAGAAGCCGUGGUUGCUGGUCGUCAACCUAAACCACUAGUAUCCCUCAAAGACAAGACUGGGAACUACUCCUCGCCCACACAGGCAUCGACACUCAAAAUGACGUACCAGGCGAGGGAGAGGCAGUCACUCUCAGCAAUGCAAGCUCGACUGUCACUAGAGUCAGAUUACACAACCCCUCCGCCCGAUGUCGACUGGGCAACCGCAUCAUAUGAGCUGUCUCGUGUCAUCGUUCCUCGUGACCGACAAACCAUGAGCUGCACUCACGAAGAACUCAACGCCGAGGCCACGAGGGUUAGGAAAGAACGUCUAUCAAAUACGGGUGUGGCGGUGGCCCCGGACGAGAAAAUGCAACUUCGUGAUCGAAGAGCCAAGGCACAGCCGGCCGUACAUGAUGCUGCAAGGGCCUCCUCCAGGAACAGUCACCGAAGAACUACCAUCGCAGCUAUCGGUGACUUGCCUGAUCCUACAUUACAACAACAGGAAUCUGUUCACAGCAGACCGCGGAGGAGAUCCAGUGAUGCAUCGAGCAUUUUAUCAAGCUUUCAGAACAUGAAACUAGCUGAAGAUAACACGAUUCCACCCAUGCCAACGAACCAUGCUGCCAGUGCAGCUUCCACGGCUUACUCAUCUGUCCCUGAUAAGGCAGCUAAGGCUGUCGUAGUGAGGAAGCCAAGAGCUCCUACAGCACCGAAGACAGCAGGAAAGCCAAAGACUAGUCCUCGGAAACCGAGAGCCACCGCGCCAGCUCUCGCUGGUGCUCGCGAGGCUACAAGGUCGAGCAUGUCUCCAAUCACUGACCAUGAGAUUGUGCACAGUAGUGGUGAUAAUGUGGAGGCUGCUCUCCCUUCACAGACCACAAGCACCAAUGUGCCGAAGACGGACGAAAUGGACAGUCUAACAAAUGGAGUCAAGAAAAUCAGCAUCAAGCUUAAGGUCCCCACACCAGAGGAGCAUGCAGCACGCCAACAACAGAAAGUACCCGACGACAAACAGAAAAAGCCUCGUGCUCCAAGAAAGCCGCCCGUGCCGAAGGCCUCCAGGGUAAUUAAACCGGCGCCGAGUGCCGGUACUGAAAAUCCUGCUCCAACCCAAGCUCGGCCACUGGUGAGCGAGGAUCACAAGUCACCUGAACUACAGUAUACCAUACCGAACGGCACUAUGCCAACACUGCAGGACAUAAUGAUUCCCAUGGACACAUCUGCAAUUUCGACUGCAAAUGUGAAUGGUUUGGAAGCAAUUCCGGUAUCGAGUGAGCAAGCAGGAAAAGAACAGCUCCCCGAUGCUUCCUCAAUCAGGUUCGACCCACAGCAGCAGCAGGACACCUAUAUGCGCGUCGACUCGAUACCUGUCUCUACAGAACAUGGGUUUCCUGAGGACGCUGCCUAUCCUUCGAUUCCUGCAUAUCAGCCACCUACAAUACCUGAACAGCCUGCACAGUACAACUAUUUUAUGCCACAGAUGAACUCCGGACCCAUUCCUUCUUCAUCGAGCCCUGCUGGAUUUGGCACGCCUGUACGGAGAACGAAGGAAGACCUACCUGUGUUCACUUCUCAGUCACCGAUUCCAUUCGCGCCACCACCGAAUUCUAACACUGAUUACGAUACACCACAGAACCGGAACGAAGGUUAGGAGCCUUCAUACUGGGAAAUACCUGAGUCGCCUGCGUACGUAUGACAUUGGAUUUUCCAGCAAGUUGUCAUGUUUUGAACUUUUCUUUAUCGGCCCGAUGACCAAGAGGACGGGUUAAUGGACUUGGAGGGAUGUAAACGUGUUGGAUUCACUGUGAUUUGUAGAUACCCCAUUGGCAAGGCGGAGUUUCAAGGGAGAUCUUGGAUACACACGGCUUGAUGAGGAAGAAGAGAGCGCGAGGAAAAGUGUGCAACAGGACCAAUUUUGGGGGAAAAUACAUUGGAUGUGUUGAGCUACCUGAACUUUGCUUGCCUACGUUUUGGACGACUCUAUUCUGUCUCGUGAAAUCAAUCAAUCAAUCAGCUGGC